UACGCUCAACAACCGGAAGCAGACGUUUUUCAUUUCCGGUGAACAUUUCUGCUCAAACAGCUGCAUCGCACGGGGGAUUGUGAAGCAACAAACCGCGAAUUUUGUACAGUUUUCCAUCUCAAAUAAGUAGAAAACGUCUCCGGUCCACACAAACAUGUCGCACACAAUUUUGCUCGUCCAACCAACCAAGAGACCUGAGGGCCGCACAUACGCUGACUAUGAGUCAGUGAAUGAAUGUAUGGAAGGUGUGUGCAAAAUGUAUGAAGAGCAUCUGAAGAGGAUGAAUCCAAACAGUCCCUCCAUCACUUAUGACAUCAGUCAGCUGUUUGACUUCAUCGACGACUUGGCCGAUCUUAGCUGUCUUGUGUACAGAGCUGACACCCAGACAUACCAACCAUACAACAAAGACUGGAUCAAGGAGAAGAUUUAUGUCCUCCUGCGACGUCAGGCUCAGCAGGCGGCAAAGUAAAGGCGUCAGUGACAGGUUGUCCUGCUACACACACCUGGAAGGAGUUUACACUGCACUACAUUUCCACAGCAUCUUAUAGAUCUGUGUAUAUGGACAACAUUGUCAGUUUGAUAAGGGGUGGGUUUUCACAUUAUACUAUACAUUGGAAAAGGUUCUGGUUUCAAAAAUUGAGUAACAUGGGACAUUUGGGCUUUAUAUUGAAAUGGAGUUGUGCUCUGCAGCACCGAUGUUUGUUACAUCAAGAGGAUAGAGGUGUGGAUGGCUGCAGGUUGGAGUGGGCGAUCUAACAGUUGAUAUCGUGAAACAUCUUAAGAUGUCAAGGAUCUGUUGUGAAAUUGUAGAGAUUAUGACAUUUUAUGACAUGUACUCUUGCUCUACCCUUUUGAUCAUGCAACAAACCGACAGAAUGAUUGUCCACGAGAUGGCUCUACUAUUAUAUCAUGUAUGGUUCAAUUCAUGUGUCGUAUUUGAAAAACGGUUUUAACGUAUGCUAGCAAAUGACUGGGCAUUUGUAGUGUGGCGGUAGUUCACCUGUGCACAAAUAUCUUUGUCAGGAAUCUUCUGGGUAUUCUGGAGGAAAUACAACGGAUCAGUUCAACUAACUUUAAGGAAGCAAAUGAACAUGUCAAAAGUGUUUUCAACCCCACUUAACAAGGUCCCGAUAGAGACGGUUAUCAUUGACCAUCACAUCAGAGCAGUCGAAGAAAUGUAAUAAAAGGAGCAAAUCAUGAAAA